AUGUUCAAAAGAAAAGAAAAAACGAGUGACAAAGUUGUGCCGGGAUCAAGCAAGUCCCAGUGUCAGUUGACAACAACUGAAAAUGUUGUCAAAGACAAAUUUGUGCCGGGAUCGAGCAAGUCCCAGUGUCAGUUGACAACAAGUGAAAAUGUUGACAAAGACAAAGUUGUGCCAGGAUCGAGCAAGUCCCAGUAUCAGUUGACAACAAGAGAGAAUGUUGUCAAAGAGGAAUUUAUGCCGGGAUCGAGCAAGUCCCAGUAUCAGAAGCAGGCGCUCGAGGAGGCGCAAGAUGAGAACUUGUUACAGAAACAACAUGUCCAGCUGCUGACUGCACAGCUGAACAGAAUGACUGAUGUGGCGGAGGAUGGUUGGUGUCUGGAGGCGUUCACCCUCGCUCAGGGUCGCAUGCUGGAGGAACUGACGAAUGUCCUGAUCAUGGUUGUGGUGGCUCACUACCAGCUGAUGAAGUGCAACGCAAUCAGAGCUUUUGUCCAGAAGAGGUGGUACUUCACCUGGCCAGAGGACCCCCAGGACCUGGACUGGUUUUAUGAGCGACUCAUCUUGCAGAUACUCAAAGACACCAAGGUGGAAGGGUUUGCAAUGGACAAACCAGAGUCUGUGAAGGACAGAAUGAGGCCCAUCCUCCUCCUGCUGGUCUGCACAGCUUUUUACCUGCAGGUGAAGGUGUGCUACUCGUGCGUUUUGGCACAGCAGAUAGCUUUCUGCUCUUUUCAGAGUCAUCGCUGGGUUCCAGCCCUGCCACCCAACAUCACUCACCUCUAUCUGGAUGCAAACCACAUCAGUGAGAUCAACAGCACCUCCCUGAGGGGUCUGGAGGGGCUCCAACAUUUAAACCUGGAAGCGCAACGCGUGACGCUCAUCCUCAGGAACGACUCUUUCCUCAGGCUGAAGAAUCUGAGGGAGUUGUUGCUCGGCUUUAAUCUAAAUCUGAAACUGGAGCCGAGAGCAUUCGCAGGGCUCUUCAUUUUACGAAACCUCUCGUUGUACUACUGCAACUUGACAGACUCUGUACUGUCAGAAAACUAUCUGAAGCCACUUGUGUCUUUAGAAGAGCUCAACCUUUACGCAAACAAGAUCCAGAGACUGAAACCUGGUCUGUUCUUUCUGAAUUUGACUAAGUUCACUCGUCUAAACCUCAAACUGAAUUAUGUGGAAGAAAUAUGUGAGGAGGACCUUGUUGGCUUCAGGGGUAAAUAUUUUGCUGAGCUGAACUUGAACUCCAACAAGCUUUCCAACACAGAUGCGGAGAAAUGUGGAAACCCUUUCAAAGGAAUGGCCUUUGACGUCCUUGACCUCUCGAGCAAUGGGUUGAACGAGGAGCAAACUAAGCAGUUCUUCAGAGCCAUAGAGGGGACGCCAAUACGCCACCUUAGAUUCAAAGGAAUUCUUGGAAAGGGCUUUUCUCACAACAACAGUCGUGAUCCAGAUAAAAACACAUUUCAAAGCCUUGGAAACAGUUCUGUCAUCAUUUUAGAUCUGUCAAAGAAUUUGAUAUUUGCUUUAGAGAGUGGAGUCUUCAGUGUUUUGAAGGAAGUAAUGAUUAUUGAUGUCUCGCACAACAACAUAAACCAGAUUAGAAGAAACGCCUUUGGUGGUCUUCAGGGACAUUUAAAGAUGCUCAACUUGUCAUUCAAUCUGUUAGGAGAGGUCUACUCCUACACAUUCAGCAGUCUGACACAACUCCUUGUACUGGACUUGUCUUACAACCACAUUGGUGCACUGGGGUUCAAUGCUUUCAGUGGUCUUCCCAAUCUACGAGAUUUAUAUCUGACUGGAAAUUUGCUGCGGAAGCUUGGUUUUCUCGCACCGCUACCUAGUUUAAAUGUUCUUGUAUUCAGAGACAAUAGGUUAAAUUUAUUUGGCAGAGGCUUUGGCAUGGGUGAGAACAGUAUUUAUCUAGAUAUUUCAGAGAACAGGUUAACAAACAUGGAGGAUGUUUAUGUGGUCUUAACUAACUUCAAGCAUCUCCGGUAUCUGUUUUUUGGCAGUAACAUGAUCAGGUGGUGCACAAUAAACUCUGGGGUUGAAAUGCCUCAUAAUAUUAGUUUAGAAAUACUGGAUCUUCAUGGCAGCUCCCUGCAGACCGUGUGGGAACAGGGGAAAUGCCUUAAUGUGUUCGAUCAUCUCCAGAAUCUGCACCAACUAAAUAUAAGCUUCAAUUCACUAAUGGCUCUCCCUCAGGGGAUCUUCAGAGGUCUCCGCUCGGUCGUACUCAUCGACCUUUCAUCAAAUGUGUUGACCUAUCUGCAGAGAGAUGUCUUUCCAGCCAGCCUGAAAAUACUUGACCUUUCAAAUAACUUCCUAGCCUCCCCUGAUCCCACGACUUUCCGAUUUCUCAGAUACCUGGGCCUGGCAGAGAACCGCUUCCUCUGUGACUGUACUCUGGAGGGCUUCCUGACAUGGCUGAACUCAACCAACGUCACUUUCCUGAGCCCCGUUCAGGAGUACAGAUGUGAAUUCCCAGCUGCUGUCCACAACCUUCCCCUGCUGGAGUAUUCCAUGGUCUUUGAACUGUGCCAGGAAGAUGACGAAAAGGCUGUUCAGCAGCUCCGCUUUGCACUUUUCAUCUUAUCUGCCAUCCUCAUCCUCAGCGUCACGCUCGGUGGGCUUCUUUACGCCCGCCUCCGAGGGCACAUAUACAUCAUCUACAAAAAGAUUGUCAGCAGGGUUCUUGAGGGCCCAAAGGCAACACCUGGUGAGAACGACUUGCAGCACGAUGUCUUCCUCUGCUUCAGCAGCAAUGACUACAGGUGGGUGGAGGCUGCGCUGCUGAAGAAGCUUGACAACCAGUUUUCAGAAGAAAACUGCUUCUGCUGUUGUUUCGAGGCCAGAGACUUCCUGCCUGGUGAGGACCAUCUCUCAAACAUCAGAGACGCCAUCUGGGGCAGCAGGAAGACUUUGUGUAUCGUCUCCAAGGAAUUCCUUAAAGAAUGA